AUGCCUAAACAUAUUCCAGUACACCACUACCUGCAUAAGCCCUACGAGCUCUUUCCAAAGGGAACUAUUCACCCAGAGAUCGAACACCACGACCACCCAAGCGAUGCGGAGCAUUAUCUCCUCCCAGCAGUAUUCACCUUGGAGAAAGGCGAUGCCGUCAUCCUCAAGUACCCCGGCCCUGGUGUCUACUUCAUCCAUGAAGGAGAGAUCCAGUACGAAGACACUGCCAAGCCAGAGGAAGGGACUAUUGUAUCCAAAGCAGGCUCUGUCAUUCAUAUUGAAAAUGGCGCCGCUCUCCGAUGGCACUCCCCUUCCAUUGCCAAAGGAUUUGCUGUGUUUUAUGUUCCAGUAUCAAUCAAGAGCUUUGACUCAUUUGUAGUCACCGAGUAA